AUGGCGGUUGGAAUUGGAAAGGCUAAACAUUUGCAUCGGUCGUUGUCGGAUUCCAGUGGAAUGGAUGAGUUUCUAGAGGUGUUGGGUUACAAGGUGAGGUUAAUGGAUAUGGCAGAUGUAGCCAAGAAGCUUGAGCAGCUUGAAAUGGUGAUGGGAAAUACCAGUGUUGUUUGUUCUGAACAAGAGCGACUUGCUCUUCUCAAUUUCAAAGGGAGCGUUAGAGCUGAGAUUGGAAUUUUGUCAUCAUGGGUGGGCCAUGACUGUUGCCAGUGGAAAGGAAUCCAAUGCGACAAUCUCACAGGAACAGUUGAAAGCCUUAAACUUGGACGAUACUACUGGGGUGGUCCAUGCCAUUUGUUUCUUAAUGAGGUGAACUCUUCUCUUGCAGAGUUGAAGCAUCUCAAAUACCUGGACUUGAGUGGGUUUUAUUUCCAUGGAAGUCGGAUCCCUGAGUUCAUUGGAUCUUUCAAACAGCUCAGCUACCUUGAUCUUUCAGGCUCUAAUCUUAGUUUGUCAUUUAACUUUGUAAACUUGAUAAACAUGCUCCCUUCUUUAUCAGAGCUGCAUUUGUCAGGUUGUGAGCUUGAUAACACUUUUCUAUCUUCCUCUCAUCUUAAUAUCAGUACACUUUCUCACAUCCGAUACCUGGAUCUAAGCUCAAAUUCAAUUGAAGGCAUAAUUCCAUCUUUUUUCACAAACAUGAGUUCCUUAAGAGUCCUUGAUCUCUCAGGAAACAUGCUGCAUUCUUGGGUUCCUAUUAUGCCUAACCUUCUAAAGCUUGAUCUUUCUUAUAACCCGUUUAAGAAUAUUGAGCAUCUUGGAAUCUGGAGACGGUGCCACCUGAAACACUUGAUUGCUUCGAACAAUCCUUUUGAAAUAGAAAUGAGUGACUCGCUGCAAAACGUUUCGGAAUGCUCCCGAUACGCUUUAGAGUCAUUGGAUUUAAGUUGGUCUUUGAAUGGUACGAUUUCAGAAGCACUUGGAAGACUAACCAAUUUAAGAGACUUAAGGAUAUCAUACAGCAGUUUGACAGGUCCAAUGCCCAAAACUCUAGGAAGACUAAGAUAUUUAAAAAUGUUAGAUCUAUGUAAUAACUUGUUAUCGGGCCCCAUCCCAGCAUCUCUAGGAAGAGUAACAUAUUUAAAAAUGUUAGAUCUAUCUAACAACAAGUUAUCGGGCCCCAUCCCAGCAUCUCUAGGAAGAUUAAGAUAUUUAGAAGAAUUAGAUGUUUUUUCAAAUUUGUUAAAUGGGACCAUUCCGGUUUCAAUCGGGCAACUUGCCAAACUCCGUUCCCUACAUAUCUCAAACAAUUCCUUACAAGGAGUAGUUUCUGAAGCCCAUUUCAGUAACCUUUUGAUGUUGAAGAGCUUGGAUGCUUCUUCUAAUAAAUUGACAUUCAAUUUUUCACAUGAGUGGAUACCUCCAUUCCAAUUGGAAGAUCUUGAUCUCAGUUCUUGCAACAUUCCAAAUGGAUUUCCACAGUGGCUUCGAAACCAAAGGAAACUUCGGGCGUUGGUGUUGUCAAAUGCUACAAUUUCGGGGCCUUUGCCCUCAUGGUUGCGGAAGAUGCCUGUCAUUCAUUUCUUAGAUCUCUCUCACAACAAACUCAGCGGAUCUUUGGCAAACCUUCCUAACCGGGGAACUGUUCGUGUGAUUGGCGGUGGAGCGACACUAUUACUGGCAAAUAACAUUUUCAAUGAGUCGAUUCCAAGGUCAUUGUGCAGAAGGACAGAUUUGGAUUUUCUUGAUCUUUCCAGAAAUAGGUUAACAGGGAAAUUUCCCAAGUGUCUUGAGAAUCUGAAACUGUUGAAUACCAUGAUGUUUAGCUCGAAUUUGCUUUCAGGUGCCAUUCCGAGCUAUAUAGGUCUUAAUCUUUCAUCAUUGCGAUGGUUAAAAUUGAAUGACAAUAAAUUUUUUGGUGAGCUUCUUCGAGAGUUGGGGAAUCUACGAGAUUUAACAGUUUUAGAUGUGGGUGAUAAUGAAUUGUUCGGAAGUAUACCCAAGUGGAUUGGAGAGAAACUGACAAAUUUGGGUGUUUUAAGGUUACACAGGAACAAUUUCUCUGGAGAAAUUCCUAAAUCUUUGUGCAAAAUGUUGGGGCUUCAAAUUUUGGAUGUUGCGCACAACAACUUAAUGGGAUUCAUCCCUCAUUGCCUAGGAAAGUUGAAUGGGAUGGUUAAAGGUCCAGGAAAUCUGAUUUAUAAUGGCUUUGCUGAUUCUAAUGAGAAUGUGAUUCAGGUCAUGAAAGGUGUUGAACGUGAAUAUACAACAAUUUUGGAUAUAUUUUUUAACAUAGAUCUCUCAAGCAAUAAACUUGUAGGAGAAAUACCUGUGGAGAUAACUACACUUUCUAUGUUGGUGGGUCUCAAUUUGUCAAAUAAUCAUCUCAGUGGGAAUAUUCCAGAAAACAUUGGAAACAUGACAAAGUUAGAAUCUCUUGAUUUAUCUGGAAACGAGUUGACGGGGAUGAUCCCUCCAAGCAUGGCAGCUUUGAAUUUUUUGAGCCAUUUGAAUCUGUCACACAACAACUUGUCGGGAAGAAUUCCAACAGACCAUCAGUUGCAGACCCUAAUUGAUGAUCCAUCAAUAUAUGUUGGGAACAGAGAUCUGUGUGGACCUCCAUUGCCAAACAAUUGCUCACAUCAUCAAGACCAAACAACAGUUCUCAAGAAGAAACAUAAAGCAGCUGAGGAGUCGAUCAAGGUAUGGUGGUUUUACAUGGACAUCAUGAGUGGGUUUGCAGCAGGGUUUUGGGGAGUUAUUGGAGUUUUGUUGUUCAAGAAGCACUGGAGACAGAAGCUUUUCAUGUUUGCUGAGGAAAUUGUGGACACGAUAUACGUUGCAGUCACGGUGAGAGUUGCCAAGAUGAAGAGAGGAAGAGAAGCCACAUAG